CCCCCCCCACACUACUUGAUUCCUGCUCGUUUCUUUGUAUCUUCCCUUCUCUCAAUUUGACCAAAAAGAGCAAAAAAAAGGAAACCAAGCCGGUGAUCCGAUCCAUUCACCGGCUAUGUCAUCUCCGUCGGUGGUGAACGUGAUGCUGUCGGUGCAGGAGAAGAAGACGGCGGCGGUGGACCUCUACGGUCCCCUGCGGCAAUACAUCGCCGCCACCUUCUCCGAGCGCGAGGCCCAGGCCAACGAGGACGACCUCCAGACCGUCCGCCAGAUGCGCUCCGACCUCGAGAGCCCGUCCUCCACCGCCUCGUCGCCGGAGCUGCGCCGCGACCUCCUUCAGCACUACUUCCGCGCCCUCGCCCUCAUCGAGCCCCGCUUCCCCAUCUCCCCCGACCGCGCCCACGUCCACUCCCUCGCCUUCACAUGGCACGACGCCUUCAAAGCCAACAAAAAGGUCUCCCUCCCCUCCAUCCAUAUCGAGAAGGCCGCCGUCCUCUUCAAUCUCGCCGCCGUCUACAGCCAGAUCGCACUAUCCGCCGAUCGAUCCUCCGCCGCCGGGUUGAAGCAGGCUUGCAAUUCAUUUCAGGCCGCCGCGGGCGCUUUCGCGUUCCUUCGUGAUCACGUGGCUGCCAAGGCGGUUGCUGCUGGGGCGACGCUGGAUGUGUCCCCCGAGUGCGCCUUCAUGCUCGAGCGGCUCAUGCUUGCGCAGGCGCAGGAGUGCUUCUUUGAGAAGGUUAUUGCUGACGCCAAGCCCCCCGGGCUCUGCUCCAAGGUCGCUAGGCAGGUUGGUCUCUACUAUGAGGAAGCUUAUGCGGCCCUUAAUGCUUCUCCACUCAACCAAUACUUUGACCGGACAUGGGUCUCCCAUGUGCAAUUAAAGGCAGCCCAGUUCUAUGCAGAGGCUUGCUUUAGAUAUUCCUUAGAGCUUCAUGAUAAGGAAGAGAUUGCCGAGGAAAUUGCUCGGCUAAAAAUUGGAUUAGGUACUCUCACGGAUGCAAAGAAGUCUGCCAAGGGAGUUGCUCAACCUCUCCUUGAUGCUGUCUCCAGAUUGGAGAGCAACGUGAACCGCAACCUGGAGAGAGCCAUGAAAGAGAAUGAUCGGGUGUAUCUCAUGCGGGUCCCAGCAGCCAGCUCCUUGUCUGCUCUACCGGGAGCCUCUCUCGUCAAGCCUAUGCCACUGGGUGAAGUUUUAGAUGCUAGCAAGGAGAGGUUGUUCCCAGGCCUUGUCCCAGACAUCAGCACCAAGGCCCUCUCCAGGUACACAGAGAUGGUUGAUGAUAUUAUCCGAACCCAAGCAGAAAAGCUGCAGCAAGGGAGUGAGAUGACAAGGGUUAAACUUAAGGAGAUGGAUCUGCCUGAUUCUAUUCUAGCUCUGGAAGGUAAUUUCAGUUUGCCCGUGGAUCUUAAGGAGGAUAUUGAGGCUGUGCAGAUCAGUGGUGGCCCUUCUGGCCUCGAAUCUGAGUUGCAGCAGCUCAGGGAUUUGAAGAGGGUCAAUCAGGAGCUUGUGGUCCAGACUGAAGAGCUACUCCAGAAGGAAGCAAAUGAGGAUACUCACUUUAGGACUCAAUUUGGGACGCGGUGGACAAGACCACAGUCCAGCACCCUGACAAAGAACCUGCAGGAUAGAUUGAAUGGGUUUGCUGCAAAUCUUAAGCAAGCUGCUGAGAGUGAUGCGCGAAUUGAGCGAGCUGUAAAAGACAAUGCUGCACUUAUGGCAAUCCUUGAUCGCAGGCCAAUAGAAUCAGCCCUUCCAAGUCUUGCAAGGCCAAUUAUGUCUUUGGAUGGCAAUGAAGAUGCAAUUGUGGGAGCCCUCAAACAAAGCUUGAGGCAAUUAGAGACUUUGGGUGCACAGAGGGCAGGCCUUGAAGACAUGUUAAAGGACAUGAGAAGAAAGGAUGAUAUACUACCAAAAUUGAUGGCAAGCACUGGGUCACAUGAGGAUCUUUUCAAGAAGGAGCUGGCAAAGUAUGACCAAAUCUGUGAAGAAAUUGCCCAAAACAUUGAGUCCCAGGAUCAGUUAUUGCUUCAAAUUGAGGCCCAAAAUGAUGAAUUUGCUGCUGUUUUCAAUCUAGAAGACUACAAAGUGGCUCGAGAGAAGUGUUCCAAACAAAUCUCUGCUGCCAUAGCAAAAUAUCAAGAAAUCAAGGAAAACGUCAAUGAGGGGUUGAAGUUUUAUGUUACUCUUCAGGACGCAAUAACAAAUGUAAAGCAGCUGUGCAGUGAUUUCGUGAUGACCAGAAAUAUCCAGUGCCAGGAAAUGGUUGAAGAUGUGCAAAGGCAGACUGCUGGUCUCAACUUUACAGCUGACGGAAAAACAGGCUACACCCACCGUGCUGCACCCGGGCAAUCCAGCUCACGUAGGAACACUCCCCAGCGGCCAGAACCAGCAUCUCAUCCUCAGCCAUACCCUGCUUAUUAUGCUGCACCCCAGCAGCAGCCUCCUUACUAUGCCCCCAGCAGUCAGUACCAGCGACCUCAACAGCCGCUCAACCAUGAGUACGGGCAGCCAGCUGCGUAUCCCGGAUGGACCGGACCCUACUCCGGCACCCAUCCACAGCAACCAGCUUCGCAUCCUCCGCCCCCAUACACUCUGCCAGGUCCUCACCCUCAUCAUCAGGGCACUUACUACCGCCCUCGGUGAAGUACAUGCAAUGUCCUCAUCUCACUUUAUUCCAUUGUGAAUGGCUGGCUGCAAAGGGAUCGGAUACCAUACUGUAAUGGAUCAUUCUUAAAUUUACAAAUUGUAAUUUCUAUAGUAUAUGCACAUUCUUGAAAGCAUUAUAAAUAGAAAAAAUUAAAUGAAAAUAGGUAAGAGAUUUUGUAAUUGUUGAAGUGAAAGAAAUUAGUUUAGUUGGGAGUC